CAACGUCACAGCUGACGUUACGUAACGUGGGAAACAAGUUAAUUUGUAAGUUUUGCGCCCUGUUCUUCCUUGCACUGUUCUUGCAAGAAAGAAGAUACAAACAUCUCUUUUUGGAGGUAACAAGACAAAAAAGUGUGUUAGCAGACAUGAGGGUGUGCAUCAUUGGAGCAGGGGUCAUCGGCCUCUCCACCGCUCAGAGCAUCUACCAGCACUUCCACAGCAGGAUCAGCCCCCUCACCAUAGAGGUGUAUGCUGAUGUCUUCACUCCACUCACCACCAGCGACGGGGCAGCUGGACUCUGGCAGCCCUAUCUCUACGACAAGGGCAACGUGCAAGAAACUAAAUGGAACAAAGAGACGUUUGACUAUCUUCUAAGUUGCCUCAGCUCUCCAGAUUCAGUGAAAAUGGGAAUCUUCCUCCAGUCGGGCUACAAUCUGUGCCCUGAACCCCAACCAGACCCUUCAUUUAAAGACAUUGUGUUGGGUUUUCGCCAGCUUACUAAACGUGAACUAGACAUGUUCCCGGGAUACAGUUUUGGGUGGUUUCACACUGCUCUCAUGAUUGAAGGGAAGACAUACCUGCCCUGGCUUAUGGACUGGUUAAGACAAAGAAAUGUCAAGUUUUAUCAGAGGAAGAUUGGUUCAUUUAAAGAGUUGGCAGAUAGUGGUGCUGAUGUUAUCAUCAACUGCUCCGGUGUCCGAUCAGGAGACCUCCAGCCUGAUCCUGAGCUCCAGCCAGCCAGAGGACAGAUCAUUAAAGUAGACGCUCCCUGGUUGAAACACUGGAUCCUCACACAUGAUUCCUCAUCAGGAGUCUAUAACUCACCGUACAUCAUUCCUGGGAGUCGUUUAAUCACUGUGGGUGGAGUUUUCCAAGUAGGAAACUGGAAUCUGCAGAACAGUUCUGUUGACCACAAAGGGAUCUGGGAAGCGGCCUGCAAGCUUGAGCCCAGUCUAAAGCAUGCACGGAUAGUAGAGGACUGGACUGGUCUCAGACCCACUCGCAGCAAAGUUAGACUGGAGAGAGAGACCAUACGAUCUGGACCGACCUCGUUUGAGGUCAUUCAUAACUAUGGUCAUGGUGGUUUUGGACUGACCAUCCAUCGUGGAUGUGCUGAGGAAGCUGCUCGUCUCUUUGGACAGAUCCUGCAGCAGAAAUGCCCGCUAGCUCUCUCUAAAUCACGUCUCUAAUAGAUAUAUGACUCUGGACAAUGUUAGACAUAAUUUUUAUCAGACAACAGCAAUAGUUUCCUUAACCCCGUAACAGCUGACAUACUGAUUCCAAAAGAAACUCUAUGAGUUUAAGAAUGUAUCCUUAAAUACUGAGAUGUAAAUGUACAUCUAUUAUUUUUUAUUAUACUUUAAUAGAGUUUUCAAAUAACGGAUAACAUAACACAAUCAUAACAGAGAUGAAUUGUCAGCAUGUUAUUUAGCUAAUGUACAAUAAUUGUCAUGAUUUAUUUAUGCUUUGAUCUAAUGUUUUUAGAUCACUGUAGCUUUAUUAUUAUCAUGCACAUGUUCAUCACUGUAGUGGCAAGGGAUCCUGCUCUUUGACUGUUUUAACAAUAGACUUUUCAGGUAUCUUCUAAUUCAUAUAAUGCACCUAUUAAAUAAUUUUCCAGUAUACAUUGCAUAUAUGAAGGCAGUAUAUAAAAAUAGUAUAUGAAACAUUAUAUUUAAUAUGUGAACAUAUCUGCACAACCUGUGAUUCAACUGAACCUAUUAAUCAAUUUAAAAGUGCUUGAGCAGUUUAAAAAAUAUAAAUACAGGUACAUAAACAAUGUAUAAACAGUAUUAUAAAUAAUAAAUACAUUUACAUCUUUACAAAUACGUAAACAUUACACCAAGGCCUUAAAAAAUACAAUCAGAUAUGUACCUUUACAACUGAAGGAUAAUAAUUAUUCUGUAUAAUGUGUUACUGAGGAAGCUGCUCGUCUAUUUGGACAGAUUCUGGAGCAGAAAGGAUUU